UGUCUUUUCCUUCCAUUCAACUACAAAAUACUUGCUCACCUUCCGGUUUGGUAACUACUUCCAAACUCUACCUCGGGCAGUGUGUAGCAGAGAGUGUCUGCAGACACCAACGCUGUCUGUGUUAUCUGCCUAGGGACGAGGCGGUGUUCCGGACAGUGGUCUCAAUUUUCAGUGUUUUGCUUCCCAGCUUCAUAGUAAUAUUAUUAUUAUCAGCUAUGGAGGAGAUAACAACUGCUGCGGCUACUGUCGCUCCGGCGGGAUUGGGUGGUUUUAUCCAUGCUUUCGUCGCUUCACUGUCGGUCAUAGUCGUGUCGGAGCUGGGAGAUAAGACGUUCUUCAUCGCAGCCAUCAUGGCCAUGCGCCAUUCUCGCGUGACGGUCUUGACUGGUGCAGUAUCAGCCCUGGCAUUCAUGACUGUCAUGUCCACAACAUUGGGCUACGCUGCAACUAUCAUUCCCCGUGCAUACACAUAUUAUGGGUCAUCUCUACUAUUUGCCUUGUUUGGACUGAAGAUGCUGAAAGAGGGCUAUUAUAUGGCUGCAGAUGAGGGACAGGAAGAACUUGAGGAAGUCAGUGAGGAACUGAAAAAGAAGGAGACAGAGCUAUCAUCGCGCCCAGAUGUGGAAGGCGGUGGCGGAGCAGUAGAGCCAUCCUCGCUGAAGUGGUCACGAAUGCUGAGAGUCGUUUCGCCAGUGUGGGUUCAGGCGUUCACCCUAACUUUCCUGGCGGAGUGGGGCGACCGCUCUCAGCUGGCCACGAUCAUCCUCGGUGCCCGUGAAGAUCCUGUCGGCGUGACGAUAGGUGGAACGCUUGGACAUUUGCUGUGCACUACCUUGGCAGUGGUUGGUGGCCGGCUGGUUGCUCAGAAGAUCUCCGUGCGCACAGUAACACUGAUAGGAGCCGUUGUGUUCCUGCUAUUUGCUGCAUCGGCGUUGAUCAUUGGACCAGACGCCUAGUGUGCUGGCUCACUUUCUAUUUGUAGGUUGUUAGUCAUAAUUUUUUGGGUGACAUUUUAACCGUUGACCAGAAGUUUUAAGCGCUAACCUUGAUGUGCAUGCAUAUCCAACAAGUGCGUUCCAAUCAUUGUUCAUGGGCCUUUUCUUGAUCUCUGCAUUCUGGAUUGCUACACUACAGUGUAGUAGGCCAGUAGGCAUCAACUCCUACGCAGCAGUCAAGCAGCAAGUCCUCUCUCAAACUGCAACCAAUGAUCAUGGGAAUGGAAUUCCUUUUCCUGAUCUCUGUAUUGUGCAUAUAGCUUGGCGCCCAUCAACUCCGGACCAGGCAAGCCGCGGAUCGUUUCUCUCUCUCUCUCAAACCGUCCAAGGACGUGACCCGGACUCUAUUUUUAGUCCCCUUGCAUUAUGUAUGUGACCAGAGACAACAAAGAGCAGUCAAAGUACAGAAUAUUAGAGAACGCAUAAUUAUGGCAUUACUGCCUCUUCUACCCUAUUUCUGAUUGUUCCUAUAUCCUUUUUCCUAUUUUCAAACCAUUCCUUGACUACUCUUGGCUCAGUACAUGAUC